AGAAAGAGGUCUCGAGCUAGUGAGGAUGCGGGCCUAUAGAGGAUAGACACCGGCGAUUACAUGCUUCUAGCCGGCGCGGCGAUCAUGCUGCGACCUCUCAGGCGGUUGAGGCUUCAGCUCCAGCUCCAGUUGAUUCUAUGCAGUCGCCCAUGGUAGAGGCUUCAGCUCCAGCUCCAGUUGAGCCUACUGAUCCAGUUCCUACUCCGCCGUCUCCCAUGGUUGAGGUAUCUCGCCAUGAGUCACCAGGCGAGGAGUCAUCAGGCGAGUCGUCAUCCGGCGAUGAGUCAUCCGGCGAUGAGUCAUCCGACGAGGAGUCAUCCGGCGAGGAGGGGUCAUAUGACGAGGAUAGUAUUCCUCCUCCUGAUGUUGAUGCUGAUGUCGUGCCAGAGGCACAGGGUGGCGAGGAGGACCUGAUCCAGAGGUUGCCGCCGUUUCCGGGGGGGCCUGUUGAUCUGUCGCUUCUCACGCAUUAUGCUGAUCACAAGGCUCCCUGGACGUGGCAUGCACUCCUACGCACAGAUGAGCGGUAUGUAGACCGUCGACACUUGAGGGUGGCCACAGCUGGGGGGAAGGUUUGGAACCUUGCUUGUGAUGGUGAUUCAGACAGUCACAGGAGGGUUCGAGAGUUGAUUGAGCAGACGGGUCUUCAUCAGCUACCCUGGUGCAGCUACUCGGAGACAGAUGCAGGCCUCAUUUUGGCCCUUGUGGAGCGAUGGCAUGAGGAGACUAGUAGCUUCCACAUGCCGUUUGGGGAGAUGACCAUCACCCUGGACGACGUGUCGGCUCUUCUCCAUCUCCCCAUGGGGUCGAGGUUCUAUACGCCUGGGAGGGGGGAGAGGGACGAGUGUGCAGCGCUAUGUGCUGAGUUGAUGGGAGGAUCUGUUGCUCGUUAUCAUGCUGAGUUUGAUAAGAACAGGAGCCAGACUAUUCGCUUUGGGGUCUUGCAGACCCUAUAUGAUGCUGCGUUGGAGGAGCACCGAUAUGAGGACGCUGCACGGAUUUGGCUGGUGAACCAGCUAGGCGCGACGCUCUUUGCUAGCAAGAGCGGUGGAUACCACACGACCGUCUACUGGAUAGGUAUGUUGCAGGAUCUCGGUCGAGUGUCCGAGUACGCGUGGGGCGCGAUUGCGCUCGCUACGUUGUACGACCAGCUUGAUCGAGCGUCUAGGAGGGGGACGGCCCAGAUGGGAGGUUUCAGCUCACUCUUGCUAGGAUGGGCCUACGAGUACCUUUCCGAUCGCGUCAUUAUCCGGAGGGCGGAUCCGGAGUACUCGCAGGCCCAGCCUAGGGCGCGGCGGUGGGUUACGUCCCGGGUCGGGCAUGCAGGCAUCGAUGAGAGGCGAGUCAUGCUCGAUGAGCUGACGGUGGAUGACAUUAUAUGGACCCCAUUUGAGGACCAUCGGGCUCAUCGACCACGGGAUCAGAGGGCCAUGUAUUCUGGCUACAUCCGGACGCCAUUUGGCUGGUUGUUCGACGACAUCUACCAGAGAGGGUUCUGCGCCAGUUUGGCUACAUCCAGGAUGUCCCUCGACACCCCUCCGAGAUCCAGACGACUGGGUCCCUUGCUGAGACCGCAGAUGCUGCCUAUGCUGAUUUUGUGCCGCACCUGCGCCCUCAGGGGAUCCCUGCUACUCAUUCGGGAGAGGCUGUGGAGGAGUACAUGAGGUGGUAUGGCGGUGUGUCCCAUCGAUUCAUCAUCCCUGAUGAUAGGAGGGAGGAGUUCAGUGCUGUGACGGUUGUGCGUCGGGCCGUGGACUUGUUGGAGCAGUCACUGGAGGUGCCAGAUGCUCUUGCAGUUGGCACGCAUGCCCGAUCCCUCACUGAGAGGGCGCUGGAUCUAUCCAGCGCAUUCAUCGGUACCCAGGGAGUAGCCUUUGCUGCUGUCCGAGGAGCUAGAGCUGCAGGAGGCAGAGGUCGUGGAGGUAGAGCGCGUGGAGGCAGAGCCCGUGGAGGCAGAGCCCGUGGAGAGGGUGCACCUGCAGAGGGCGCUCGUGGAGGCAGAGCUCGUGGACCUAGAGGUCGGAGGGGUGGCGAUAGGGGUGGCGGUAGGGGUCGG